UUAUAGUUAUCAUUUAUUAUUAUCUAUCUUAACCAGUGCUUUAAACAGUAAUUGUUUAUCAUUUUAAUUUCUUUGCAUUAUAAUAGUUAAAAUUGCUAGCAUUUCUUAUUAUCAAUUAUACACUGGGUAAAUUACUAUUAAUAAUAAUAGUUACAAUUAAUAAAUGAAUAUUUUUAACAUCAGAGACAGUAAAACUAGAAUUUAGAAUUUACACUAAUUAUACUUCUAUUUAUCUUGCUUCAUGUAAUGUUAUUAAUCAGAUAUUAUUAUCACUAGAGGCAGUGCCAGCUCAAUGGUAACUUGUACCUGAGACAAAACCAAUUUUUGCCUCUCCAGCUUUCAGAACUGUUGCCAAUAGCAAGCACUUUUAGCUCUGGUACUCUUACAUGAAUUAUUAUAAGCAACUUUAAAGAACAUUUAUGGGACUUAAUCAUAUUUGGCUUAUUGUUUCUAUUAUUAUUUUUUCUUCUUUUGAACAUUUUUGAAUGCUCAUUUUGCCGCUUGAGGCAGUCACCUCAUUGCUUCACCCAUCAAGUCACCCCUGGUUUAUUUGGUUACAGCAACAUAACACGUUGGAUGAUCUGCUGAAGGGAGAAUGCCUCCUGGGAGAUCUUUUAUGGAAAACUGAUCCCUAUUUAGGUGUUACUAAUGUGAAGAAAACCAAAAAACUUUACAUGGCCUGACCAUUGGACAGGCAUAAACUCACAACCAGUGUUCAGUGGUUUUAUCCACUUGGCCACUGGUGGGCAUUUUUGCCCUGACUGGAGGUAAAGCCCAGUGUGAUUACAAUAAAUGGAUUCUACUGUACUGUACUUUAAUAAUAACUAAAAUUAAUAAUUUUUAUUAAAAAUUUAUAAAAUAUUUUUUCUUUUUUUUCUAUAUAAGAUGUAAUAUAGGAGCAAAUAUAGAAAUCAAUAAUAGCAUGAAAUGUGAAAACUGUGGAAAUGAAAUGAUUAAAUACAAAGGAAUUGAGGUAGCUCAAGCAUUUCUCUUGGGUGAAUUGUAUACAAAACCAUUUAAUGCAUUAUACAAAUCCAGUAAAGGAUCAAUGCAAAUACUUCAAAUGGGAUGCUUUGGAUUAGGUGUGUCAAGAGUAUUAGGUGCAUGUUUAGAACUUCUAUCGACAGAAAAUGAAUUAAAAUGGCCUUUACAAAUAGCUCCUGCAUUAGUCUGUGUGAUUACACCAAAGGCUGGUGGCAAAGAAGAAUCUGCAAUGCAGUUUGCUCAUGACAUCUCAUUCUCAUUGAACCAACUGGAACAUUUGAAAGAUAAUGUAAUUCUAGAUCAAAGAACAAAGUUAACAAUUGGCUAUCGUUUUAAUAAUGCCAAAGAAAUUGGUCUUCCAUAUAUUGUCAUUAUUGGCAAAAAGGUACAAAGAUUAAUUUAAUGUAGUAUUUCUUUUGUUUGAUAAUUAACUUGAUUUAUAAAGUUGAAAUUUAAAAAUAACUUCAAAAUCUUUGGUUUAAAGCAUAGGUUACAGUCCUGUAUGAAUUUUUAAAAUUCAAAAUGACUCAGACUUGAUGAAUAUUAUAAUUUAUAAAGAAAUAGUUGAAAAUAUGUAGAUUUUUAUUUUACUCUUUUCAUUCUGUGAGCACUAAAAGGCCUUUUUCAAGCUCAUUGUGGGUUGGCCUAAAAGUCAGGUCCACAGUAGGGUGGCCAGAUAGUGAGGAAUGGAGUAUGAUCUGUCCAGGAUACACAACUCAAAAAAAAUUACUGGGGUGUUUUGACUGUCUAGAUCAGUGUUUCUCAACGGGGGCGAUAUCACCCCCAUGUGGUCGUUUUUCCAUGUUGAGGGGGCGAUUAGUAACAAUUUAUA